ACUCCACUUAGCUCUAUACGUUUAGAGACGCAGGGGUGCUGAAAAACAGGCCAACUCCGACUGCGCUGACAGAAAAUUAGUUCGCCUGCAGUGAUGUUGGAAGUGCUGGUGUAUGUUGGCCCGUAGCCGUGGACCCGCUUCGGCAUUCCAGCCCAUUCCAGAGCUGCAUACCAUCGGGUUAUGUAACAGUCAUGUGAUUCGAAAAUGACUUUGAAAAGAGGGAAGUCUCUGGGCCUCUCGAGAUUCCUGCCAAAACCACUGUUUUGCUUCUCCAAUUUCUGCCAGUGUAUCUGAUUACCGAGCUGUGUAAGCAAAGUUCACAAAUCCACCUUGCAUGCAAAUUUGUGUAGUAACUUUUGCCAGAUUUAAAACUUAGAAGCAGGUCCCGAGCAGGAUGCUAUCUGUCGUCCACAUGUGUGUGUUAAACUCCGUCUGAUGAUGUAGCGUGCAACGAAGAGAGCGGCUUAAACAUCACGCUUUUUUGUGCUUUUAAUGGAGGCCAUGGCCGUGAGCACAUCUGCACAGGGUACGGAUGAGUUUGAUCGCAACGCCCCGCGGAUCUGCGGCGUCUGCGGAGACAAGGCCACUGGAUUCCACUUCAACGCCAUGACCUGCGAAGGCUGCAAGGGUUUUUUCAGGCGCAGUAUGAAGCGGAAGGCCAGUUUCACUUGUCCCUUUAACGGCAGCUGCACCAUCACCAAAGACAACCGCAGACACUGCCAAGCCUGUCGCCUCAAGCGCUGCGUCGACAUCGGCAUGAUGAAGGAGUUCAUACUGACUGAUGAGGAAGUGCAGAGGAAGAAGGAGCUGAUCCUGAAGAGAAAGGAGGAGGAGGCGAUGCGGGAGGCGCAGAAACCUCGGCUGACCGAUGAGCAGAACCAGAUCAUCAACACGCUGGUGGAGGCACAUCACAAGACCUACGACGACUCCUACUCCGACUUUGUGAAAUUCCGACCCCCGGUGAGACAGGGUCCAGUGACACGCAGUGCCAGUCGUGCUGCAUCUCUCCACUCGCUCUCAGAUGCCUCUUCAGAUUCACUGAAUAACUCACCAGAGUCUAUGGACAAAAAGCUCAGCAGUCUCUUCUCCAUGUCUCAGGACACCAUGAUGAGCCCAGAUUCUAAGGAUGAAAACUCCCGCCUCUCCAUGCUGCCCCACCUGGCUGACCUCGUCAGCUACAGCAUUCAGAAAGUGAUCGGCUUUGCCAAGAUGAUCCCAGGCUUCAGGGAUCUGACUGCAGAAGAUCAGAUUGCUCUACUGAAGUCCAGUGCUAUCGAGAUCAUCAUGUUGCGCUCCAACCAGUCCUUCAGUCUGGACGACAUGAGCUGGAGCUGUGGAGGACCUGACUUUAAAUACUGCGUUAAUGACGUCACCAAGGCUGGUCACACUCUGGAGCUGCUGGAGCCGCUUGUGAAGUUUCAGGUGGGGCUGAAAAAACUCAACAUGCAUGAAGAGGAACACGUGCUGCUAAUGGCCAUCUGUCUCCUCUCUCCAGAUCGUCCCGGCGUGCAGGACCACGUCCGUAUCGAGUCGAUGCAGGAGCGUUUAUGUGAGACACUGCAGGCAUAUAUUCGUGUGAACCACCCGGGCGGGCGGCUGCUCUAUGCCAAGAUGAUCCAGAAGCUGGCCGACCUGCGCAGCCUGAACGAGGAGCACUCCAAGCAGUACCGCUCACUGUCCUUCCAGCCCGAGCACAGCAUGCAGCUCACACCGCUCGUGCUCGAGGUGUUCGGCAGCGAGGUGUCUUAGCGGCCAGGAUUUAGAGGUGUCCCACAGUGCCAGUGCCAUGAAGAAGGGUGGGGGAGGGUGGGGGUGCAAGAGCACGGGGCAGAGGUGGGCCAGAGGACAUCUGGAGGAGUACUAUUAUAGCAGACUGUGUGUCUGGGUCUGUGUGUGUGUGUGUGUGUGUGUGUAUGUGAGAGAGAGAGAGAGAGAGAGAGAGAGGGAGAGAGAGAGAGAGAGAGAGAGAGAGAGAGAGAGAGAGAGAGAGA